AUGAAAUCAGUAUCGAUCUUAGCUGCAGCUUGUUCUGUCUUGUCGGUCGUCGGGGCACCUUUGUCCGACUCGCGCCUCUCUCUCGUUGAACGGCAGGCAGAUCCAACAGCGCCGGCGACUAUUACUUUCGUUUUCCAGCCUCAGACUGGAAAGGGUCCCCAGUUGCUUAACCUUUUUGCACAAGCAGAGGCAUUCACGAAAGCAAAUGCGACUGGUAACUUGUUUGCAUAUGGAUAUAAGGUGUCUGGCCAGGAGCAAUAUGUAUACACGGAGAGCUACGUUACCCUCAAAGAUGCGCUAGCAUAUGCAUCCACCCCACAGCAUACCCAAUUUGUCCAAGAACUUUUCCAGGAUGUCAAUAUUUUGGCACUACAAGCCUAUUCGAGCUUUGGUAUCGGAGACCUAUUCGGAAUAUCGUCCUAGGAAGAAUACUCAUCUUACAAACAUGCCAACUUGUUUGUACAUGAAGCUGCGAGAGGGGGAAUAUUGAUUAC